GCACGUGAUAUGCUGACUAAUACGCGCGAUCGACGCGUCGAUUGCGCCUUCUGUCGCCAUUUGGGCGCUUCCAAACUCCGUCCCACCCAAAACAUUUGUCUAUCGUCAUGGGUAACAUUCCGCAUAACCUCGAGGUUCCGCUUCAACGUGGUUUCCUCCGCUCCCUCCCUCCUACGAUUGUUUGGUUCUGGCUUUUAUCUUAACUCACUUAGCAUCAUGAAUGUCGCUCGACUGGCGCGGAGACCUGUGAAAGUAACGCAAUCGUUCACAAAGCAAAGCAUUCGAUGUCGAUCAAGUAGAGCAGCAUCAACAUGUCCCAUGCCCAGUCAGAAAGCAGGUCCUUCAUUUCCUUGUGUCGAAGCACACGCCGCACGGGAGUCUCGUAUACUGGCUUCUUCAAGUAAAUCUACUUUCGCACCUCGACCGCAGCCCACGGCUCCCCCAAACUCUGGUCCAGAGCCGCCAUAUGCACGUCCAAGCCCAAGCUCGUACAAAGUCUAUCAUCAUAGUGAACCGCUGGCUCUAGUAUAUGCACCUUCACUACCUGAGUUCGACAUUGCUUACGAAACGUGGGGAGAACUAACCCCGGCCAGAGACAAUGUCAUACUCUUGCAUACAGGACUAUCUGCCUCCUCGCAUGCAGCGUCAUCGGAAUUAAAUCCAUCCGAAGGCUGGUGGGAAAAGUUCAUUGGACCGGGAAGGGCACUCGACACGAACCAGUUCUUUAUCAUCUGCACCAACGUCCUUGGUGGAUGCUACGGAUCGACUGGACCGUCAUCUAUUGACCCUCUAACUGGCCAACCUUACGCAACGCGUUUCCCUGUGCUAUCAAUGUUUGACAUGGUCCGGGCACAGUUUUGUCUUCUGGAUCAUCUCGGAAUCGAGUCACUCUAUGCCAGUGUCGGCUCGUCCAUGGGUGCCAUGCAAAGCUUAGCGGCUGCCUGGUUGUACCCUGAACGAGUAGGCAAGGUUGUAAGCAUCAGCGGAACUGCUCGUAGCAGCCCCAGCGCGAUCGCAAUGCGGUACGCGCAACGAUCCGUUCUAAUGGCAGACCCUAACUGGAACAACGGGUUCUACUAUGACGGUCUUCCACCGCAUACAGGAAUGAAACUCGCACGACAGAUUGCGACCAUAACCUACCGGUCAGGGCCGGAAUGGGAUUUGCGCUUUGGUAGGAAGCUGCGAGCCGUACCUACCUCCGACUCUGUUGCAUAUUCUGAUCCAAGCGGGCGUAAAUUACCUCGCACCCCUGCGCUAUGCCCUGAUUUCCUCAUUGAGACUUAUCUCGACUACCAGGGCGAGCAGUUCUGUUUGAAAUAUGAUGCCAAUUCCCUCAUUUAUAUAUCAAAAGCCAUGGACCUCUUUGAUAUGACCGCAUCCUCACUCUCUUCCCUGUACCUCACACCUCCUCCACCUCGAAAUUCACUUCCACCUCUUCCUCCUUCAGUCUCCUCGCAUCCUCGAUCCCCAUCACACGCCGCGUACCAUUCCCAUCUAUCACAUUCGAAACACCACCCUCCACCUGCGAACCCACCUCCACACUUAUCAGAAUUGGCUGAAGGUCUGAGUCCAUUGUCGAAUACCCCAACAUUGAUAUUAGGUGUACAGAGUGAUAUUCUGUUUCCAGUAGAACAGCAGCGAGAAGUUGCAGAUGCAUUGAGAAUGGCCGGCAACCAGAUGGUCAGCUAUUAUGAGCUCGGGGGCGUGUGGGGACAUGAUACAUUCUUACUGGACGUCCAGAACGUCGGCGGCGCUAUCCGAGGUUUCCUCUCAUGAAGGCAUUGCAAAUUCUUGCCUCUCAAUUUAGGAGCGUGGUUUUCUUAACUACUAUAGUUGUACUCAGAGAAAUACAAUCCAUAGGAUUAGUGCCUGACGAAAAUCUCUGGCAAUCUCUCGCGCCCUGCUGUAUGAAUGCUCUAAAGCGUGAGAUUUGAUUACAAGCUUGGUUCAAAUCAUUCAACGAUCCAAGCACAAACAUUGUGUACGCAUUGUAGGUGCACAACUUCAUGAGACACGAAAUACAACAACUUCCUUUUU